AUGGCGGCGGAGAUGGGCUCGUUCGAGGUCGAGCGCCCGCCCGAGGCGGAGAGCGCGCCGCAGCAGCUGCGUCCGCGGGUGACGCUGCGCGUCAAGGCCAGGUGGAGGAGGGCCAAGGAGGCGAUCCUGCGCAUCAGGGAGAAGACGCUGCUGUCCGAGGACGCCGUGGACGACCUUGGCAAGCACGAGCCCGAGGCGCUGAGCCGGCUCCAGACCUUCCGCGGCUUCUCCAUGCAAGUGGGUCUGCUCGCGCUCUACGUCGCAUCCACCCCUGCCAAGGCGCUCGCCAGCAAGGUGGCAGUCGGGUCUGGCAAGGUGCAGGGCAGCGCCCUGGUUUUGCUGAACGCUGCGGCGUCCAUCGUGAUUGGAUUUGGCAUGGGGGUCCAGCGUGACGGCCUGGGCAGGGCCCUCGCGGCGAUGGUUGACAUGCAGGCUGUGUGGAAGUUCGGUUUGGUCGGUGCGCUCUUCGCAGUCAGCAUGAUCCUGAACAUCCUGGCCUACAGCACGAACCUGGACGCGGGCACCAUCCAGGUCCUAGGCCAGCUCCAGCUGCCGCUGUCCGCGCUGUUUUCCCAGUGUGCGUUUGGAAAGAGGUACAGCUCCAACCAUUGGAUCGUCCUCCUGAUCAUCGCGCUCAGCACGUUCCUGUUUUUUCGCGCGACCAGCGCCCGGGAGUUGGUCACGACCUCGAAUCUGAAGGCGAUGGUGCCCGAGGAGUGUUUCCUGGAUUACGACCCCCGCCCAGCCGCCGCGGGGGGCCACGCGGCGCAGUGCCGCGUGAGAGGCCGCCCGCCCCCGCCCGGGGGCAGCGCGGCGCUGGGCCUGCUGCUGGUGCUGGGCUACGUUUUGGCGGCGGUGAUCGCCUCCCUCGUGGCGGAGAAGUUCUACAAGGCAGGGACCCCGUUCUAUCUCCAGAGGGUGCAGAUGGAGAUCUCCGGGGUCUGGGUCUGCAUCGCCUCCGCGUUCCUGGUCCCGGCGGUCCUAGAGGGCGGCGCCUGGGACCCCAGCAGGGCGGAUAAGCUCUGGUGGCGGGAGACCACGCUGGACUGCGAGGGUGUUGGUCCGACAACGGUUGGCGGGAGGGGCCUCUUCUUUGGCUUCGGCCCUGCGGCUUUCGCGCAGCUGUCCGCCCAGAUCGUGUCGACCUGGCUGGCCGGCAUUGUGGUGAAGAGGUUCUCCACGGUCAUCAUGAAGAACCUCACCAAGAGCGUGGGCCUCGCCCUGACCGUCGUGGCCAGCGAGCUAGCCUUCACCGACUGCUGGGCGGAGCCCCUGAGCGCCCAGAUCUACAUCAUGACGGCGCUCAUCUGCCUCUCGUCGCUGGCCUUCUCCAACCUCGGGUUGGAAUUAGCUUGCGAGCUGCAGCGCUGUCGGGCCAUGAGUCACGGCAGUGUUCCGGCGUCGCGCUCCUAUAUCACCGUCGCCUGGCCUCGCUUUGUGAUGCCAGCGCGCGUGUGGGACGUAGGGGCCCGCGCUCCCUUGCCCGAGGUGGCGUGGAGCACGCAGCUGCCGCGGAAGGGCAGCCUCUGGGGCCUCCUCUCGCGCCGAGGCUGA